CGUGAGUUUUAUCUUUUUUUAGUAUGGCCUUACUUUCCAAUGUACAUCCAGUGAUACAAUAAUUUACAAUAAAUGAAGUACCUACCUGGGUUCUACCGCUGCACGUGAGAAGGACCUGUGAGCGAGAAGAGGAGUACGCGUAGUGAGCGAGAAGAGGAGGGUUAAAAUUGUCGAUAGCAGCAUGGAUUCUUUGGAAAAGGUUUGUGAGUUUCUGAAGAACAGGGGAGUUGCUAGUAAUGUUGUGGAAAAGUUCAAGAAUGAAAAGAUGGAUGUGCUUGCAGUUUGUAAUGCAGAUGACGAGAUGCUACGUUCUAUGGGAUUAGUAAAGGCUGGCGACCGUUUAAAUCUGAAAGCGUUUUGCGAAUCAUCCAAUAAACCAGAAAAAGAAGGGAGCAAAGAUAAGAAAAGGAGACUCCUCCAUGCUUUUACGUUUGGAAAACAAAAAACAAGUGUUACUACACAAAAGCAAGCAAAUAUAAAGAAGUCAUAGAAGAUUAUGAUUGGCUUGAAACAUUAUAGCAGUGAUGUUCAAUCGUAUGUCUUGGUGCCCCUUUCGGAAGGAGGAGGGAGUCGAAAGGUGGAUGUACCUCUUCCAGCCAACAAGUUUGAGAUAAUGAAACUUUGCAAAUCCUUGUUUUUUGAUGAUGGACAAUCGUUUUAUGGAAAAGAAUCAAGUAUGAGUAUGAGCCUUGGAAAUUUCAAGAAUGAGAUCAUUCACGUUACUUUAAUAGUCAACGGAAAAGAAGUUCCCUUUAAUUUGUCUAACUACAUAGAAGCCCAUAAAACAAAGGAUGUGCGGAUCUACUUACUUACAAAGACAAUUGAUGAAACAAGUAGUGAGGAAGAGAGCGAAAGUGAAGGUCCGGGAGGCUCUCUUCGAAGCAUGCUAUAUUCAUUGCAACCAGGCAAUGAAGAGACAGAUCAAUCUUUAGUGACGAUGGAGGUUGAUGCAGAUAAUGGUGUUGUGCCAUUUGCAUCUCCAUUCUUCAAGAGAGAUGGGGGCGCAGAUAGUGGUUCGUUGUCAGUUGAAUCUUCAGUGAAAAGCGAGCCACUACAUAGAAAGGAAGAAGAAGCAGAUAAUGGUUUUGUGUCUGGAUUGAUCGGCACUUCUGGACAAAGAGAGAGGUUACGAAUGGAGCAGCUGGAACAAUACCAUGCUAGCUUAAAUGAAGACCGCAUUAAAGAACAGAAAAAAGAGGAAGAAAAAGUGAAGCUCGGAUGAAAAAAAAAGUGCAUGGUGCGCGAUCGGCCAGACUUCUUGCAGAGCCCGAUGAAGAUUUCUUCACCAUCAAAGUGAGACACCUCUCUCAGGGGCUCUGCACUCGACGUUUUCCAAUGGAGGCAAAAAUGAAUGCUGUUUACGAUUGGGUAGGCUCUCUUGACGUACAAUAUGACACGU